AUGUUGGCCCGACAGACAAAUGGCAAGUGCAAUAUAUGGGGCAAACCGGCUACAGUUAUCCGCGCAACCUAUACAGACAAUUAUGGCAUCCAAAAGCGGACAGUCCUACUAGUGUCGGGCUUCUGGAGCGUGGGUCGUCACAUGAACUAUACGUUUGAGUUGUUGUUUGCGGUGGUGUUGUGUCUGCCGUCACUCGUCUACAGUCCCAUCCCUUACCUGAGACUCAUAUUCGUGUCGAUUCUGUUGAUUCACAGAACAUAUAGAGACGAUGAGAAGUGUUCACAAAAGUAUGGCACACAAUGGGACGAGUACUGCAAACUCGUGCCUUACAAAAUGAUACCUGGCUUAUUUUGAAGCACUAUUCUCGAAACAAUAAUAGCCAAUGUGUUAAUGAGU